AUGGAGGAAAUCGAGAAUUCUUCAACGCCACAAUCUAUGGAUCGAGAAGUUGAUUCGAUAGAUCCAUCGUCUAAUUCGCAAUCUAUAGUUAAUUCUUCUCAUAGAAAUUUAGCGAUCGAGAGAUCAAGAUCGUCAUUUCUAAAUGAGCAUCAAACUUCAGUUUCUCAACCUCUACCUUCUCCUAUUUCAGAUCUUAGAGCUUCACCUCAAAUCGAGGCUUCUCAACCCCUAACUUCAGCAAGAGAGCAUUCAGGUUAUAGAUCGUCGGCUCCUGUUGAUAGAUCUGGAGAUGUUCCUGAAUCUUCUCAUCCUUCACUUAGAACAAAAAGAAGAGAAGAUGAUCCAUCUUCAAUUGCUGAUUUAGAACCUUCACCUUCAGAAGGAGGAGCUGAUGAGUCAACAGCUGAAAUCACUCAGCCGGUACAGGAGUUGAUCAAUAACUUGAAGGAUCUCCACAAAGAAUUAUGUUCUACAAAGGGGGUCAGCUGGUUUGUUGGCGGAGGAUUUAAAUUCAGCAAAGAUGCUCUAAAAGUAUUCAAAUCCAAGUUCACUCCACAUAAAAAGAAGAGACCUAACUGGAUGACACGCAAUUCGUAUAGAGGAUUCAAAGAACAAAUGCGGAAGUUUAGAUUUAAGAAACCGCCGCCUGUUUAUAAUUCAACAUACAGGCAUGAUCAACAUGAGUUCGUACACAAGGAUUUCAAAAGACAUGAUCCUGAUAUUGUAUCCAUAGUGUUGAAUCGGAGGACUGUUUGUAAAAACAAAGAACCUUCAUCCCCAGAGAUCAGUUCUGGAGGUCCUCUGUUACAGUCCGAUGACUCCCUCUAUUCAGACGACUCACUCUCUUCUUCGUCACCAUUUCAAGCGCAUCAUUCUUCAGCAGGUCAAGCAGCUAGUGGAGUGUUAGAGUCUGGUGAUGAUAGUACUAAGCUGGAAUUCCUUGAAGGGUUUCAUUCGUAUCUUCGCGGAGAAGAAGAUGAAGGUGUCACAGUCGAAAAUGGUUUUUUAUUCACAGUUCGCGCAUAUGAGAGAUUCAAGUCGCUCAUCCGUCUUCCUCCUGGCGGCGAGAAACCGAGGUGGUUGAGUAUCACUGAAGAGAGUCAAUUUUUUGAUUUAAUGCGGAAUUUCAAGCGGCUUAUGAACUUAAGCCUUGUUGAUGGAAGGUUUUUGUCUUGUGGAGACAUUGAAACAAACAUUUAGAAAUGUGUAAUGAGCAAUUGGGAUCAGUACCACCGUAAUCCAGCAGAGAUUAUGUGUCCAUGUUAUCUUGAUGCUUAUGUUUAUUUCAAGAUCGGUAAACAUCUCGUACGGUUAAGUCGGGGUGUAUGGUUUCAAAAUUUGUGAAAGUCGAUGAGCAUAUAUUUUCGCACGAGGACUUCACUAAGGAGAAUCCCAAUCUUAGGGCUAUUGUGCUGAACCGAGAGGGCGGUCCAGGUC